UUGCAGGGCUACUGCCACGCGGUCGUAACAGCCAGACUCUCCCGCUAAGUUGCACAGCCGGCUGCGAGUUCUACAGCCCUUUUCUGGACAUUGAACUCAACCGUCCGGAAUAGCCGAAUCGCUUCUUUGGCCCCUUCUGCGGCAUUCGGGUCUUCUGGACGCUCGCAGAAGCUCGACCGGCUCCACGACUUCAAUCCUCGGACCGUCAAUUCCCGGACACCUGGUGCCGAUUCGAAUCCAACCCAUGAACCCAUAGGCAGGGAAUAUGGCUUCCACAAUCGGCUGGGAGAGUCGCGACCUCGAACUCUUACCUCCUCUGACAAAUCGUUAUCCUCCUAUCUCCGUUUCUCCAAACAACUCAAAUAGCCUCACGAAUACCCUCCCUCGCUUGCAGGUCGUUGAUGCCUCUUCACCAUCUAAACCAGACAACUACAGGGUAUCACCGAUCACCCCCGGUUCUGCGUCUGGGAUACCUCCAGUCACUCCUCUUUCGAAAACAGGGCCAGACGUCAAGCCAGAAAUCGAAUCCAUCAUCGAAGACUGGUCAGGAAGAGGAGCCCAUGUGGACUUUCACCCUAGCGAGAAUGUGCCGCUGGAACAAGGACGCUUCCUGGGCCAUGGUUCCAUGGGCGGCGUGUACGAAACCUCCAUCCGAGGACAUGCAUUUGCAUGGAAAAGGAGGUUCUGCAGGCGGAAGAUCGGAGACGCGGAGAGGAAAGAGAUCGAAAUAUUGAAGAAAGUUUCUCACAGACAUAUUAUUCGGCUCGCGGGAUCGUAUACGCACCGCCAAUUCCUCGGACUACUUCUCUAUCCUGUGGCCGUCUGCGAUCUAGCUACUUUUAUGGAAGACGUUGAGGCAUUUCGCUCUGCUACGAACAGCCUCGAUCAUGCGCAAAAAGAACGACUUUCCAGACUUGGCGCACCCGCAUCCUCCUUCCUCCUGUUUAUCUCCCUAUGGGGAAAGAUGGGCUGUAUUGUCUGUGCCGUCGAUUAUCUUCACAGCCAAAAGAUCCGUCACAAAGACCUCAAACCCUCAAAUAUCCUCCUUUCUAAGGAUCGCUUGUGGUUGACGGAUUUUGGUACGGCGACGGACUUCUCGCUUCAGACUUUGAGCGCGACCGAGAACUGUGAACGAGGGACGCCAAAAUACUUCGCACCUGAGGUUGCUGCAUUCCAGCCAAAUGGACGAGCAGCUGACAUCUUUUCAUUGGGCUGCAUCCUCCUUGAGAUGUCCACAUUGUGCGCGUACGACAGCCUGGAGCCCUUGAGGACUGUCCGAACGAAGCAUGACAAAUCAUUUCAAGCUAAUCUCGACCAAAUCUACGACUGGAUUAGCGAUGCUAUACACGCCAAACCGGCCUUAAAGCGUAGACGCCGUCUCUUUAACGAGAUCCGGAGCAUGCUUGAGAUAGAGCCCCAGAUGAGGCCAGCUAUUGCGGAGAUACGCUUGAGCUUAGCAUUCAUCGAUACUCUUGAGCCUGUUUAUGAAGGGGAAGAUUACUCUAUUUUUGGAGAUUGUUGCAGAGACCCUUUCAUGAGUAGAAGGGAACACGAGCGGCAAAUCAACGAGUUGAAGAGCGAACACCAACAAGAGCUGGACAACUCCAUGCUUGCAUCGGGGCAGCGCCUCUCCCGUAUGAAAAGCGCGUACGAGAACGAACCCUGCAGACUGGUUGAAGGGAUCGCUCGUUCCGAAACAAGUUCCCCGGUCGAAUUAUGGGGGGUUCACUGGUCUGGAGCAUCUGCUCUGAGGGGAGUGACCUUCGAUCUAGACCCGGACCCGGACUACGUGGUCUGCGAAUUGUGUGGCCGAAACAUAAUAUUAACACCACCGCUUUUUGACGAUUUCCGCGUCCAUAUACGUACCAAACACUCGCUCGACUCUUAAGAGCGAUAGAUGGUGCUUUUCGAUAUAAUCCUAUGCUUAUCGCUAAAUUUCGAUGGGUGUCCGCAUCUGCCAAACUAGACCCUUUCCGUCUCCUUCAUAUCUUUCGACCCAUACGUGCCUAGUUCAGAUGCUUGUUUAUAUACAGUCCAAUCUCCCCUCCCAACCUACUCCAAAAUAUCUUCUAUAUAUCCACCCUCCCCGCAACUCCCAACCAAAACCCACACCUCCUCUCCAGCAUCCCUAUCCCCUCAUUGCCCAGUCCACCAUUCCUAACCACGAACUCCCUCCCAUCCCUCACACUCGGUACACCCACAACGCUGUUAUUCGUAAUCUUAUGCGCAUUCGGAUUGCCCGUCUGCACGAAACUUGCUAUCGCGCCUGUAUAUCCCUCAUACGUCAAGGGAU